UUUAUUGAAUCAAUGAUGAUGAUGAUAAUAAUGAAUAUAAUUGUUAUAUAUUCUGGUUUUUGUUAAUUGUUGUUGAAGAAUUAAUUGAUUUUUUUUGAAAAUAAAUUUUUGUUCAUUCAAAAUCCGGUCGCCUCAUGUAAAUUUAUAUCGAUGAAUGAAUUUAUAUUCGAAAUAUCAUCGACAACAAUAAAGUCGUCGUCGAAUAAUUUGUAUUAGAUUAUAUUAUGCCAAAUAAUCGUUAUAUUGGCCAUCAUCAUCAUCAUCAUAAUCAUCGUCAUCAACAAAAUAAUCAUCAACAACAACAACUGCAUCAAAUUCCUACAACAGCAACGAUUUCUAAUCCUUAUGGAAUCACUUUGAUUGCCUCUAAUCCUCCUAUGAAUCAUAACGAAGAAAAUCAUUUGAAUGUUGAAUAUUAUAAUUGUCCCACUAAUCAACAACAACAACAACAACAAGAUCAUUUAAAUAACACAAUGUCACAAACUGCACAGAUUGUUUUAUUACCUGCACAAAAUCUACAAGUAUCAAAUGGUUUGAUGAAUGAUCAUCAUUCACCAACUUUUGUACAAAAAACGACAGUCGCUGAACCUGUACAAAUGAUUUUGCCAACAAACAACGAUUUGGUUGGAUCAUAUCAGGUAGCCGCAGCAACGUUUCCUAAUGUCAGUGUUUUAGUACCGACAACAAUAUUGAUAGCAAAUCAAAAUGAAUGCAUAUUAAUACCACAACAACAAAAUUCACCGAAUAUCUGUCAACCUAAUCUAAGCUUACAGGUUGCAUCGACAAAUAAUCCACUAUUUUAUAACUCUUCAAUCGAUUCUCCAUUUGAAGCUAAUAAUGUUGAAUAUGAAGAAGUUAUACAACAACAACAACCUCAAGAAGAACAAGAAUGCGAAAUCAUUGCUUUGGACAAUAAUAUCAAUGCACAGGCUAUACUUGCAGGAAUAGCGAUGAAUGAUCGAAAUGAAACUAUUUUAAAUCAUCAACCUACUCAAUUGAUUAAUAAUAAUUGUCAAAUAAUUGGUAUUGUUCAUAAUGGUACUAAUCAGGUUAGUAUUCUACAACAGCAACAACAACCACAAUCUAGUUUGAUGAAUUCGACAUCAGUCGAUCAAACUAUCCAACAAGUACUAUUGUCGAAAUGCAUGGAUACUACUGAUAAUAAUAAUAAUAAACAAAAUCGAGAAUCAAUGGAAAUUCAUACGAAUGACUAUCAAUAUGAUAUGAAUGAAUUUUUUACUUCAAUUGUUGAGCCAUCACAAACAUCAUCAUCAUCAUCAUCAACUACGCUAACAUCAUUUUUGAAAGAAAAAUCCGAUCCUGAUCAAGCAAAAGAAUGGCUAAAAGAUUCUUUCAUUGUAAAUAGAGCAUUAAAAGCUUUGAAAAAAGCCAACAACAAUUCGAAUAUUCAACAAUCUCAUGACCAGAAUAGAACCGUCCAGAUUAUCAAACGAAACAGUCAUCAGUAAUUUCGUAUUUUUUUUUUUUGGUAUGGAAUGAUAGCCAAAACAAAAUAUCAUAUUUCAAAGCUGGCCAAACGCCAAUUCUUUUCUUUUCGAAAAUCACCACUGUGAUAAAUGAAAAAAUUCAAAGAUUGUUUCUUUUCUCUCUCUUUCAUUCUCACUC